GGCAGAAUUCAGCUUGGGGGCCUUGAAGUCAUAUCGGUGGUGUUUCGUGAUCGUGUCGUGUUCGUAAUUGUUUUCUCCUUUAUGUAUCAUUCUAACAAUUAAUAUUAAAAUUAUAGUUAUUCAUCGUUGUUCUGUAUCACGUUAAUAAACAGUAUGAGGAUUUGGAGAACGGAACACACAUUUAAUCAUUCAUGGGAAACCGUGACACAGGCAGCUUGGAGAAAAUAUCCUAAUCCAAUAAAUUCUUCCGUUAUUGGAACAGACGUCAUCGAUAGGAAAGUCAUCGAUGGAAUCUUACACACGCACAGACUUGUCUCGACUCGUUUCGGUUUUCCAAAGUGGGCUCAAGCAUUGAUCGGUCAUGCGAAGAUCUGUUAUGCCAGCGAGAAAAGCGAGGUCGAUCCCGUUAGUCGAGAGAUGGUCCUAAAAACGAGGAACUUAACCUUUUGCAAUCACAUAGCGGUGGAUGAGACCGUCAGAUAUACACCCCAUCCAAACGAUCCUGGAAAAACUUUGUUACAACAGGAAGCCGUAGUAACGGUCAGUGGUGUACCUCUUACACAUUACAUGGAGGAACUAUUGACGUCGAAAAUUUGUUUUAAUUCUGGCAUGGGUCGUCAAGCGAUGGAGUGGGUCAUCGAGAAGUUGCAUCUGGAAGAAUUCGACGAUCUUCUAACGCAAACGGUCCGUCAAUUUGACGAUUUAACGUCGAAAACCAGACGAGGAAUGGACGAUUUACAAAGUGCUAUAAAAUCAUUCGACGAGAUUCACAAUCUUACGAGUUCACCCUCUUCCCAAUCGAUGCCAAAAUUUUAGCUAUGGUUUCGCGUUAGCUUCAAUCUUUUCAAUUGAUUUCAAUUAAAUAAAAACUAGAUGAUAACGAUGAUGAUAAUGAUGAGGAUGAUGAUGAUGAGGAUGACGAGGAUGAUAAUGAUGACAGCGAUGACGACGAGGAUGAGGAUGAUGAAGUGGAGGGAGAAGGGGAAAGGGAGGUGGAUCGAAUUUGCGAAAAAAAAAGAAAAAAAAAAAUAAGGAAAAUAACCUGCAACCCAAACACGCAACCCAGACGUUGAUUGGGUUUCUUUCUGUGUGCCUUCGAUAUUUUUCGAGGAUCAUCCAUUCCGUGCAGAUGUGCAGACGUGCUUCUCUUUCAAAAAAAAAAAGGGGAAUGAAGAAGGGUGGUGAGGAAGGGUAAAGGGUAGAAUCUAAAAGAUCUAUAGUAGUGAGGUUAUAGAAACAAAAAGAAAAAAAGAAAACAAAAGGGAAAAGAAAGAAAUUAGUAUUUUUUUUCUUCUCUUCUUCUUCAAACGAAGUUGAUAAUGUAGGACGCGAUAAUUCGAUAAUUAUCUGGAUGAUUGAGUUUUUUCGAUUAUUUUAAAAAGUGUAUGAUCUAUCGAUCCAUCCAUCCAUCCAUCCAUCUAUCUAUUUAUAUAUGAGUUUACUAAUUUUGAUAUCUAUGUAUAUUUGUACGUACGUACAUAUAUACGUAUCUGUGUUUGUGUAUUUGUGUUUGUAUAUGCAUCACACAUGCUAUGUGUACACACAUACACACACAGACACACUAUAAAUUAAUAUAAUCUGAUAGUGUUUCCGUUAUGUCCGUCGUUUGCCAUCAAGCUACGACCAGCGUUGUUUGUAGUAGUACACCAUAAAGGAUGAAUUAUUUAUGGCAUUUUCUAUCCGGGCUCUCGAUCCACCACCACCUUUCGUGAGUAGCAAACAUUUGAGUGGAAACAAAUGGUGUCCCCUGGUACAAAUGAGAGAAAUGAAACUACGUCGUCGCGAAUGUGUGUUGCAUUCUAUCUAUCUAUCUAUCUAUCUAUCUCUCUCCCUAUAUAUAUGUAUAUAUAUAUACAUAAAAUAUAUAUAUUUCUCUCUCUCUCUCUCUCUCUCUCUCUCUCUGUAUCUCUCUCUAUCUGUUUCUGUCUCUCUCUGUCUCUCUUCCUUACGUCUUUCGCAUCGCAUGUUUAAAGAAAAAAGAAGUAAAUAAAUAAAAAUAAAAUAAAACCAAACAAAAAUAAAAAAAACAAAACAAAACGAAACAAAAAUUCGAUCACGAUUUGAGAUCCAUCGAUCGUUUUCGUUUUGUAAAGUUGACUUAGUAAAAAUAUAAUCGUAUAUCGGUUUGAUAUAAAUAAUUCGAAAGGAAAAAUAAAUGAAAUAAAAAAGAAGACGAACACGAUGAUGAUGAUGAUGAUGAUGAAGAAGAAGAAGAAAGAAAGAAAGAAAAAAUUGUAAAAUAUAUCAUUAUAAUUCGUUUUAAAAAAUUGGGUCAUAUCAGGGGAGGUAAAAGUUUAUUAUUUAUCAUUGAAAGUGGUUGAAGCUUCGCGAAGAUAUCUUAAAUCUAAAUAAUUAAUAAUCUAUUAUAUUAAAAUUUAUUAUAACUAUAAUAUUAUAUUUAAAACAAAAAAAAAACAAAAAAAAAAACAAAAAAAAAGAGACAAAAAAAAAUAUGGAUGUGCUACACGUGUAUUAUAUAAUACGUAGCAGAGAUAUUGAAUUUGUCGAUGUUACGUCAUGACUAUAUUCAUAAAUGUAUUAACACAUCGAUGCUGUGUGAAUGAGAGGGGAAAAAAAAGAAGAAAAAAAGGAAAAAGUGGAAAAAAAAUUAUUAGUUAGUUUUCGAUAGAACCAUUUUCGAUCACCACAAAUCCGUUUCCUAUUUUUUUUUCUUUCUUUCUUUUUUUAUUUUUUCUCCCUAUAAUCAAAUGUAGCACCUUAUCCUACCAUCACAAUACCUUCUCCCCCCCACACCCCAUCUUAUUAAAAACUAUAUUGAACGAUACUCUUGUUUGCUAUAUGUAAUACUAUAGAUGAGUAUCGAGACUAAGAAUAUCGUCUCAAAAACUUAUGCGAAACUCUUUUCAUUUAGUAAACUAUAUAUGCAUAGUAUUAUGCUUAUUUAUAUACACACACACAUAUACACACAUAUAGGUAUAGCUGUAGUAUAGUGAUAAAGCACGAAAUAGUAUUUUUUCCCUUAUAUAAGCGUACAAAUGGAAGAAAAAGAAGGAAAAUACAUUUGAUUUUUGUAGAGCCAUUAAUCGUAUCCCAAAUACGCGAAUGUUAAAUUAAUUAUUAAUAAAAGAAGAAGAACAAAAAAAAUAUAUAUAUACAUACAUAUACAUAUAUAUAUAUAUAAAAAAAUAAUAAAAUAAAAAAAGGAACAAACGGUCUUAUAAUGUCACAAAAUGUCGCUGUCACGUUAAUAAAAAUACAUUGCAGAAAGUUGUGAGAAAAUAAGAGUGAGGAGAAAUGAGACAAAAAUAUAUUAUACUACUUUACAAAA